UGGGCGAGUUGGACGCGGUCCACGGUUGAUACAUAUAUAAAUAAAUAAAUACAAAACACACAUUUUUUGACGGCAAAAUUUGUUGUUCAAAUUGUGAAUACAACUCUAACUUGCAACGAAAAUUUUUCACAGCCGGCGCGUCGUAUAAUUACACUUGUGUGUGCGUGCGUGUGUUUUACUGAAUACGUUAGUAUUUGUGCAUAAAUAAAUGAUUAGUAAAUCAUAAAUAAAUAAAUAGCAACAAAAAAACACGCAAAUACUUGCGAAAAUUAUUAACGCCAGCUGCAGGCAAAUAGUGUGUGUUAAUUAACGAAAAAGUGAAACCCCCUAUAAAGCAGGCGCCACAGAAAGUGAGCCAAGAAAGUGAAACAACAACUAAACUAACUAAAUGAACAGCCCACGCGAUUGUCCCCACAUGUUGCGUGUGUGCAACUAAUUAAAAUAACCAAACAACAACUAGAACGACGAACAACAACGAGAACGACGAACAACAGGUCACUCUCUCCUCUCCUCUCUCUCUCACUCUCCAGAGAGAUGGCAGCAUAUUAAUUGGGAAUGUCAUUGCGCAACAACAAGUAGCAACAUGGCCUAUCAACAGCAGCAGCAACAGUUGCUGGCGCAGCUGCAGCAACAGCAUAAAUUCCAAGCCCAGCAGCAACAGCUCUCGAAUGGCAACGGAGCUGGCUCCAAGUAUGCAGCAAAUAGCAACACAAGUCGCAACAAUCUUGCCACACUUGUGGCCGCCAUCAAUGGCCACGAUCAAACGGAUGCCUCACAACCCAACGCUGGCUAUCAACUAUCCCCAGCUGCCGCCUCAAGGGUGGCACAUGGCGCCACAUUGGGUCCGCCCUCGUAUAGUGCGGCGACUGCUCAGCCAGCUUUCGCCUACUUCAGUCAACAGCAGCAGCAGCAACAUGCACUUGCCUAUCAGCAACAUCAACAACAACAGCAGCAGCAGCAGCAUCACCAACAGCAUCAGCAACAUCAACAACAACAAUUGACGCUGCCACCGCCGGAUCUCACGGAUGGCAUUGAUCAUCAUCCGGUUUCAAUGUCGCCACCAGAUUCACCGAAUGCCGCAUCUGCAGCGGCUGCUGCUGCUGCCGCCGACCUCGAGCAGCAACUGUGCGUUGUGGCCAAGAUGCAAAAGUCGGUGACGAUCACCGUGACACCGCAGCGCAGCAAUUCCAUGGAUUUUCUCAACUUUGAGGAAAAGCGCCAGCUCAUCGCAUCAUCAUUAUCGCUCUCCGAUAUUCUUCAGAGCAAUGCCAGCAAUGCCAAGGAGGCAAAUGCUAUCAAUGCGAAUGGUGCCAAGAAACAAAAUGGCGCCGCCAUACGCACAAAUAGCCUCGGCUCAGGCACCCGCACCCCACCCCUUGAACGCAAAAGCAAACUGAGCGCUUUGGGGCGAUUCUUUAAGCCCUGGAAGUGGCGCCGAAAAAAGAAGAGCGAAAAAUUCGAAGCUGCCUCCAAAUCUUUGGAGCGAAAGAUUUCUGUACGUGCCAAUCGCGAUGAGUUAGUGCAAAAGGGCAUUCUGCUGCCGGAGAGUCCGCUGGGCAAUAUACCAGAGCCAGGCGAGGAGUCGUACUACAACAAUGGUGGAGCCACUGCCAAUGGCUCUAUACUCUCAGCCGUCCACAAUAAUUCCAUAAAUCAAGCCAACAAUUCCAUAAAUGCCACCACCUACGGCACUGCCGGCAAUCCGCUGUUGUCCCAACAGCAGCAGCAGCAACAGCAAUCGAUGGGCGGUGGUGGGGGCGUGCCCAACUCCAUAUCCGUGCAACAGUUUAAUGCAAAUUCCAUGCUCAAUGGCGCCAGCCACAAUCAACAGAAUUCCAUGGCCAACGGGGGCGGGGGUGGUGGAGGAGGCGGCGGCGAUGGCGCCUCGGACACAUCAUCGCUGAGCGGCGGUGUGCCGCAUUCACAAUCGGCGCCGCAACAGCUGGGCGUGGGGCAACAACAGCAGCAGCCACCGCUAACACCCCUCGCCCAGCAUCAUCAGGCAUUGGCCCAGCAGCUGCAGCAGCGUUUCGCCAUCAGCAAUAAUAAUGAACCAAGAAAAGACAAGACUGAUGCACAACAACACGGUGGCAAUGGCACAUUAUCAACACCGAACAUUGAGCAACCGACAUGCCAGGGUUCCAUGCUGCCGCCACCCGGUGGCGGUGGCAUCGGAGCUGGUGGCAUGCACCAACAGCAGCAGCAGCAACAACACAACAACCAGUCCGAUUCCAAUAACAAACAGGAGCGGCCCAAUACUCUCGGCGGCAGCAACAAGCUGUCGCGGCGAGGAGUCAACAUUUGCUAUCACAACGAGCAUUAUGGCGGCGACGAUGGCAAAAUGGUGGGUGGACCACCGGGUAGCACACCACCGCCAUACGCCGGUGGCAAACUGCCGCCGGGCGUGAUGCUCAGCGAGCUGCCAGAGCCACCGAUACCCGUAUCGGAGAUUGGACCCAUCCCACCGCCGCCAAUGUUCUCCACGCCGAGCCCCACGCUCAUCGCUGGACGACCGCACGGGCCAGGCGCCAUGAACGAUCAGGACUACCAGCAGGACUACGAUUAUGAUGAUCAUGAUCCCGACCAGGACGAGCUCGACUCGGAUGAUGAGUAUGCGCCGUAUGGCGGCGUCGCUGGCAACCAUGUGCGUGUGAUGGACACACAGCGUGUCGAGGAAAUUCCAGCCAAAGAGCCAAAACCAAAUGCAGUUCCUCUCAAAUCGGCACUGAAGAAGAAGGGACCCGCCAACUCCGCCUCCACGCCCGUCACGCCCACACAGGAGCAUCAGCAGCAACAGCACAGCAAUGCCACCGCCGCCGCAAUUUCCAAUAGCAACGGUGGCAUCGGUUCCAUGGCCGCCGCUGCUGCAGCGGCUGCCCAACAAUCGGCCAGCCAGCGUCCGUUGGUGGUGCGUCAGGAUGCGACGGGCAACAACUAUUCGCUGAAGCCUAUACUACGACCACGGAUUAGAAUAUGCAGGCAGCAAAUGUUCAAUAUUCAAUUGCCAUGCACCGUCGAGAACAAGGAGAACACGAGGCCGUUUGUGAUACGCGAGAGCAGCAGCGAUAGCGACGAGAGUGAUGGUCACAUUGUCUAUCGCGACGAUGAUAACGAUAACACACGAUUGGCGAAACUGGCGCGCAAGGAAUCGCUGUCAUUGAAACUGCAACUGCGGCCGGACAAACAGGAUCUGAUUAAUCGAAACAUUUUGCAUCAGGUCAACGACAAUGAGCUCAAGGAGUCCAAGGAGGCGAUUGGAGCGCGCCUAAUCCGACGGCUAUCGAUGCGACCCACCGCCGAGGAGUUGGUGGAGCGUAACAUACUGAAAACUCAAUCACCCGCCGAGGAGAAGAAACAAAAGGAGGAGAAGAAGUCGUAUCUAUUGCGCAAGCUCAGUUUUCGGCCCACCGUCGAGGAGCUCAAGGAGAAGAAGAUCAUACGCUUCAACGAUUACAUUGAGGUGACGCAGGCGCAUGAUUACGAUCGGCGGGCGGACAAGCCAUGGACAAGACUGACGCCAAAGGAUAAGGCCGCCAUACGCAAGGAGCUGAACGAGUUCAAGUCCUCCGAAAUGGCAGUCCACGAGGGCAGUCGCCAUCUGACGAGAUUCCAUAGGCCAUGACGAUUGCAAUGGCAGCAACUUUCCAACAAAUUACAACAUCAACCCAAACAGCAAUUGUAUUUUGUGCAGCAUCAAAUUGUCAACAAAUAUCUAAAAGCAAAACAUUAAGAAAACAAAACAAACAAAAAAAAAUCACAAAAAAAUUACAAAAAAAAUAUAUAUAUAUAAAAAUAAAUCUAAAAUGAGAGAUGAACACACAAUAAAUAAAAAAAAAGAGAAACGUAAUGCAAAUAACAUUUUUAAAUGGCAACAAAUAGUUAAAACAAGAAGAGGAACAGAAGUAGAAAGGAAAGAAGAAGAAAAGAAAUGCCGCGAUGAAAACAUCUUUUAAGAUUUCUGUUAAUUGCGAAUUCCGCUCGGUUUUCUAAUUUUAAGUUAUAUAUUUUCUGUACGUAUAUUUGUGUUUCUAUUUCUAUUUUCUUUUGUUAAUUGUAUGUAAAUAAAUCACGUUUUUUUUUUUGGAACCCAACUUGAACGUAAAUCAAAAUAUCAAUUCUCGUCUUGUGUAGAUGUGUUAUAAGUCGAUUUGUUAAACUCUUCAGUCAAGGCAAUUAUGUAUUAUAUUAUAUAACAAACGGAAGAAAAAACACAAAACAAACAAAAGAAAAACCAGCAACAAAAUUAUAUACACAACACACACACACAUUUUGAUAAAUAAUUAAAGUGAGAAAAUUAAUAUAAAUAAAUUAAACACUUAUUCAAGUCAAAAAGGCAAAUUGAUUGCAUUGAGGAAUUCUUAAGGUUUAAGCAUAAAUUUACUUUUACUGUUGCUUUCCAUAAAUUUUAUAGAUUUGAAUUAAGUCAACUACAAAAUAAACAAAACAAAAAACCGAAAAUAUUAUUAUAAAUUAUACAAAAACAAAUAUGAGAACAGUUCUAAAGCAAAUAUUAUUAUAUUUUAAAUUUAUGAUUAUUGUAAAAAGCCUAAACGUAAACAACACAUUAAUAAUAGAACGUAAAAAAACAACAACAACAAAACAAAAUACGGAAAAAUAAAUUAAAAUUUUUUGAAAGACAUUUGAGCAAAAAUUGCCACCAUCUCUUUAUUAUUUAUUCUAGUUUUUAAUUUGGUUUAUUAAUUUUUUCUUAAAUUUACAUGUACAUACAUAUCGCCCAAAAUGCAUAAAACUUGAAAACUUAUCGCGAUAAAUAGGUAAAACCCAGCAAAAGACAGCAAAGAAAAAAAGAUGCUCAAAUAAAAUUAAAAAAAAAGAAAAAUCAUUUAUAGAAAACGGAAAGCAGACAAAAACGGAAUGAUUGAUAAAGUUCUAAUAAAUAAACGGCAACAAAAUAUCAGGAAUCACAAACUGAAGUUGGACCCAGUAUGAUGUUUUUUUAGAGAAACACAGUAACUUAACACGUAAGAUUUUAGAGACAGAUGGAACCAAAAACGAAAAUAAAGAAACCCGCAUCAUCAACCCAAAAGAUGAAUAUCUAUUUUGUAAAACAAGUUGCAAAUAGUUACGAAACGAAAUAAAUAUGAAUAUGGAAACUGAAACUUUUACUCCAAAUGCAAAUUCAAAUAGUUAUGAAUAAUCAAGCAAAACCAAAAAAAGUAAUAAAUAAAUAAAAAUUCCUAAUUGUAAAUUUCGAAAAAAAAAAAAAAAACAAAAUUGAAAUUGCAAAUUGCAGAAAAUGCAAAUUAAAAAU